AUGAAAGUUAUCUUUUGUUAUCAAGAUCUUUGGGAUCUUUUGAAGAAUGUAGUAACACCAAUCGCAAAGAAUGUUACAGAUGAACAAAAUGCUGCACACAAAGAUUUUAGGAAGAAAGAUUAUACAAAUUUCUUUAUAAUUCAUCAAUUUGUUGAUCAAGACAACUUUGAGAAAGUUGGUGAUGUAGACUCAGCGAAUGAAGCAUGGGACAUCCUGGAAAAAUUGUUUGGAGGUGUAGAGAAGAUGGAAGAAACUGAAAGCGUGGCGGAUUUCUUCACUAGGAUUACAAAGCUGGUGAAUCAAAUCAAGAUGUAUGGAGAAGUGUUUACAUCAAAAUUUGAUGUCGAAAAGAUCUUGAGGCUAUUGGCUCCAAAAUUCGAUCAUGUGGCCGAAAGAUCUGCAAGCAAGGUGAAAAAUGAUGUAGCUCUUCAGGCGCAAUUAGCAAAAGAAAUGAAAGAUAAAGGAAGAUGGAUGGCAACGAAGGUAGAGGAGGUUACAACAAUUCGAAUGGCAGAGUCUAGUGAUUGUCCUAAAAAUAAAAGAAAUGAAGAAACUGAUGCAAAGCUUACAAAACACGAAGAAGAAGAAGAAGAAGAGAUGUUGUUGAUGGUCACAACGAGAGAUGAAGAAAGAUUCAAGGACCAAUGGUACUUGGACUCUGGAUGCUCAUCACACACGAAUGGAAUGAAAGAUUGGUUUGUUAGCAUGAGUCCCUCAAUGAAGAACAAGGUGGAAUUCAUUAAUGACAACACCCUAGAUGCUAAAGGUGUUGGUGACGUUCGGGUUAUGAGGAAAAAUGGUAGAAGAGGAGUUCGACAAGAAGAAUUCAUAGAUCAAGCAGGCAUAAGCAUACCUCAAAGAACAAGAAACAUACCUGUAAGGUUCCAAAAAUGUAUUAUUACAUCAAAGGAUGUGGUCGAUGAUGAUGGUGAGCUGAUUCAUGCAGAAGCCAAAGGUGUUACACCUCGCAGCCACGAAGAGGAUAAUAAGGCAUCUCAACUAUCGCUUUUUUUUCCGAUAGCAAAUGAAAGAAAAGAAUGCAAACUAGUGAAUUACACUGACUCGAGUUGGUGUAGUGAUGUUGAGGAUAGAAAAUCCACAACUGGUUAUAUGUUUAUGAUGGGUGGUACACCAUUUGCAUGGAAAUCAAGGAAAAUACUAAUGGUAGCACUGUCGUCGUGUGUAGUAGAGUACAUAGUUGCCUCUCCUUGUGCAUGUGUUGAAAGUAUUUGUGGGUAA